GUAUCCCAGCAGCGCUCUUUCAAAUUGGCGGGUGAUAUCGUCACUCUUUGGUUUCAGAAGACUUGUGGAAUAUUUUUUAUGCUUUGCUGAAUAAAUUGAAUGUGUGGCUAAUCACUUUACGCAUGAAAUGAGUGUAUUUGAACGACUUCAGCAGAGACUAGCUAGAGGUUCCACUACAGUACGACCUCAGGAUACCGCACAAAUUUGUCACAAAAAUAGUUCAGCUAAUUCAGAUCAACUACCUCCUAUGAAUUAUGUAAUUAAGGUGGUUGAGGAUCGUCCAACUCAGCAGACAACAGAAACAAUGAAUAAUCUUCCUCCAUCUUAUAAGCAUCCGCGAACUUGGGGUUCCCACUCUAGUCGUAUAUUACCUAAUAUAUCUAAUAGUUGCUCGAUUCCAUCUCUAACUACAAGUGACACCAGUAUUUUCAAAGACAAUAUGACUCCGGAUCUGGAAGUAGGGAUUUCUAAAUCUCAAUUCAGUCGUAGUCAAGAUUUUUUAAAUGUUCCCAAUACUAAUAAUGUUAGCUUAAAUCAGCAACCUCGUACAAAACGUGCAAAAACUCCUUUGAGUUCCUUUUAUCGUGUAAGCAGUGACGAUGAUGAUGAUGAUGUUGACGAAGAAGAAGACGUCGAUGAUGAUGCUGAUGUUGGUAAUAAUAAUAUAGAUAACCUCGACCAGUGUGAUGAAACAAAUAUUAGGCGGUCUGCAGCAUUUGAACGAAAAUCACAGCGUAUUCGGCGUAGUAUUGAUCGCGCAAAGGCAGCUUUACCUCCAGAUUUUGCAGACCGUAUUGAGAUCUCAGAUUCUGUUACUGAUUUACCUAAUCAAGAAUUGUCCAGUGGGACACAUUUUCGAAAACAUCGUCGAAGUGUCAGUAAUCUUGGAAAUGAUUUGAAUGGUCCCUUGGAUGCACAUGAUCCAAGUUCUGAAGAAAAUAUAUCAGACCCUCGCAACAGUGAGAAUGAACAUUAUGAAACUCAAGAAACUUCGAAGUCAACUGAAAAUAUUACUGAAUUAUCUGCAAAAGAAGAAAAACCUUGUGAAAUUGAUGAUACAUUCAAUGUGAAGUCAACUGAUAAUUCUGAAAUAACAAGUCCACAUGAAGAACAAAGUGAUAAUGCAACUGCUGCUACACCCAGGGAUCAUUUACCCAAAUGUGAAGGGUCACUUGAAUCUAGUUUGUUAACCGGCAUCCACUGGCAUCCAGGUCCACCUCAACCAUUAUCUGAACUGAUGUCUGAGUUUCGUUCAGGUAGUUCUGGAAGAACCUAUUUAAUAAAGGCUAUUUGUAAGCGUGCAGGGUGUCGUUGUGCGUUAAGGAAUUAUGAUAGUCUUAUGUUAUAUCCUGUACCAGAUUCAACGCUUGCUUCCGCGACUUGGGAAACAUGGACAGCGAAGGACAAAGACCCACGUUUCCCUGCAACCGUCUGUGAAGUACAAUCUAAGUUGAUUCUCUUUCGUCAAUGUCGUGGAUGGUAUGAAGUUUUGAAUGAAAAUUAUCAACCAACUCCACACAUUACAACAAUUGAACAAGUAAGGCGAACUAAGUCUUCAACUUUUAUUGUCCGUCAAGAUAUGCGUUGUUUAGUAGCACCUCCUACCUUAGAUAUUCCUUCUUCAAAUGAAACACAAGGAGCAAAUGAUGAUCCUUCACCACUUUCUUUACCACCAAACUUGGUCUCUUUGGCAUGCUCACCAGAAACACUAGCUUUCUCAAAGCCGGAUAUUAUUCGUGCUGGGACACUUCUCCGUUAUAUCACGUACCUACCUUACUGUUCACUAAGACGUGGGAAGAAAAUAAAAGAAAUGGAACUAGUUUUGGCAACUGAGCGAUCCAACAGCACAAAACAAAUGGCUAUAACUUCCGACCUACUCCCGGUUAAGCCUCCUUCGCGUACUAUUUAUCUUGGUACAGAAGAUUCUACACCUGCUGUUUUUCCUCCUAAACUUUCGUUAAGUACUAUUGCUGGUCCAGAAAAUAUUUCUGGUGUACAUUUGUUAUCUGGAUUACUUCGUAAAUUCCGUUUACCCCUAUCAAUUAGACCGAUACCUUUACCGGAUUCUUAUAAUCACUCCAUCUAUGGUCCACCAAUGAGUCGUCCAUCUCUUUUUAAUACUAGCCGUAAAGUUACUUCUGGUUUAGUUGCUGUCCAAUCUCUUAUUUUUACUGAGAAGCAUUUCCUAAGAUUACAUUCUCUUUAUAGAGGUGAUAUUCUAAUUAUUGCUCCUGUCGCCUCACCGGAACGUUUAUUUUUGAUUACACCAUCAAUGUUACGUGAUCACUCCUUUCAGAUUGGAUUCACUCAUGAUGCAAAUUAUGCUUUAUUAAUGGAAAAUCACCGUAUACAAGCAUGCAAUUUCCUAGCUAUUGCUCACGCACACGAAACAUUAAAUUAUCUAGUUCGUCAUAUGCAAGAUGUGACACGCGAACCGCGUGACUCGUAUACAUCUCGUCAACAAGCUAAACAAAGAAGCGACUUACCACCUGCACCGGAGUCGUAUAUGUCACAAGAUGAGAUAUUUAAGGCCUACGACGAGAUUGAUGAUAUCUACUUUUACAUUCGUCAUGGUUAUUAUCCAUCUAAAGUACGAAAACCAGAUGAUGUAACUGGUGAAUCUGAGUCUGCAUCCACUAAUACAGUGAAAGAUCAAAAGUGUUCAACUAGUUCAUCGCAUACAUCCGAAGAUAAUCAGUGUAAAACAAAUAAUAAUAAAGAUUCUAGAGUAUUGCGUCCUAAUUUAGCAAUGUUUGAAGCAGCAGAUAUUGCUGGUCUGCAUGCACCUACGACACGACGUACUGCUAACAGACCAUCAGCAAGGCACGUAAAUGAUUCAUGUAGCGCAAAAAGAUUGCUUGAACUUAUGGAUAUGGUAGCUGAUGCAUUCGGUGAACCGCCUGGUGGAUAUGGAGUAUGAUAGAGUAUUAUUUAGUAGUUAGGGAUAGAAAGCACACAACCAAGAAGUUGGUUUUAUUUUGGCGUUUCUUUUAAUUAAUAGGAGUUUUUGAUCGACACUUUUUGCAGCUGUAUCUGUAUGCCUGAUCAGUGCAUAUACAUCUUGUUAAAUCAAUCUGUCCACACUAUUGGAAAUCACUUACUACAAAAGGUGUUUCGAAUAGAAUGCACUGUAUUCCAUCCUUUGUUUGUUUCUACUAAAAUUAUAUUUAUUAACUUGGAUGUUAUUUUUCAAUACGAUACUUUUCCAUAAUCGCAUUAUUGCAUAAUCUAUUUAUGUGUAAGACCAACUAACGCAUAUAAGAAAUUCUCCGUGUGUUGUGAUUCUAUCGAUUUGCAGUUCACUUCCUUUUCACAUCCAAACAUAUCUGAUUCCUCCGUACAUAUCCUCUUUAGGAGUUAUUUGGAAUACUCUUUCUUUUGAAUAAUCAUUUCGAAUUUAACUUGCCUGUAUACCACCAUCUGGUUGGAUUUUGAUUGAUGCUAGAUGGCUAAACUUUACAACAAUGUACUGGUUUUUACUUCCCUAACUUUUAGAUAGUUUUUACAUUUUGUUUUUAUUUAAAUGUCAUUUUGUUUUUUUUUACAGACUGUUCAAUAAAAACAAUUAUUGAUUUUCACUUGCUCCUGUGAAGGUUGAGGUUUCGUUGACACCUUAAACCUUGUACAUAAGUCGUCUCCUUUUUCAUAAUUAACUUUUAAUACUACUUAAUUUAUGGUGUUUUAGUGUUUCUUAUUUUCGUUCUUGUCUAUUCUUGUUUGUUUAUUUUCGUAUUUGGAGACUUUGAAUUCUUUGUUGGAGUUUUGUUCUUUUCUGUCUGGUGUUGUGUUAUUGCACCAGACACUGGGAAGAAUCUUUUGUAUCUAUUUGCUUCCAUUUAUAAUAUUGAAUGUAAUUGAUUGAAUAAAUGAAGAGAUUCUGAAGUGCACACCAAUGUACGAUUUCCGUCACUUCUGAUAAAUGUUCGUUUAUGUGUUCCUAAUUUAGGGGAUGCUUUUAUCGCUUCAGGGAUGAUUAAUUUACAGUGUGAUGUAUAGUCUGUUACUUGUGUAUUUGUAUUUUUGCUCUUUUAUUUCUUCCGCCUCUUUUACAGUUUAAGGUUAUGUUCUCCAUUUUGUGUUUGACUUGUCCAUUGCUGGUUCUGUAUACUGUGAUGAUGGGUUAGUGUGACAAAAUGAAGUAUUGGGGAAUGUUAGGAUUAUGAUUCUAUUGUUUGCAACCUAUGAAAGCAUGCAAACAAGGUUAGUUAUAUGUUUAGAGGUUGGUUUUUCAAGUUUUCGAAAGUGAAUUAGAAAUGAUGUUUGUGUGCAGUUAGUGACCAUAAAUGAAAUAAUAACUAGGUGCUGUUGGUCCGCAGAUUAGUGUUUCAGCUUUGUGCCAUCACAGCCGUUCAUUGGGUUUCAGUUUCAUUUGACUCACUAGUAAUGUAUAACAUGACUGCGAAAUAUUUGUUAGUACCUCAUCAAUGAAUGCAUAGAAGUUUCCCAAUGUGUAUACAAGCAAAAAAUGUUGCUUGUUCACACUAUCGAUCACUGAAAAUUGAGUUAUGUAUAUAGUCAUCAUUUUAUUCCGUUGUGCUCUGUGUGUGUGUGUGUUUAUCUCUUUCUGUGACAGUGUUAAAGAUAAAAAUGCUGCAUAUUUUUUGUACUUCAUAGAAAAACCUUAGUGAUAAUAUUCUAUAUGUAUGUUAAGAUACGUUACUGAGUUUUCGAAACAAUUUGAUGAAAUUUAUGAGUGAUUCGGGAAAAAUGGUUGGUUUCUAAAUGGGUCUAAUUACGUGAAGUUGAGACAAGCAGAUGAGCGUUAUAGUGUCUACUUCAAAACAAGAAAAGAGAGAAUAUCAUUAAAACUGGUUUUCAUACACGGAAAAAUCUCAUCGUAACAUGUAAAAGGAAGGAAACACGUAAUUCACGUCGGAAACUCAACUAACCAGAUUCAUUUAUUUGAACUGUACCAUCGCGAUUAUAUACAGUUGCUUGAUCAAUGUGUACAAUAUUCCUCAAAUGCAUAAUAACUAUCAAAAUAAAUGCAAACUUGUUAGGGUUAGUGAGCCAUAAUCAAGAUAUACUAGUAGUACAGGAGAAAAGUUGUAUAAUAAGAUAGAAACCUUAGGUGCAUCUGAAUUGCUGGUUCUUAGUCAUCUCAAUAGAGAAGUUGGAGGUCUGUUUCACUUCUCAGGGCAUAGCGGAGUUUCUUGUUUUAAUUCAGGUGGGUAUAUACAUAUAUAUAUCUUGUAGCGUGCAAUGAAAGAAUAAUGAAUUUGGUAGCUUAACUCAUGACCUUCCAAACUGAUUGAUGCACAUGGACUCAAUUCAGCCGGUUUUAUUCUUAAGAAUCAUCGGAUACAAAAUAGAUUAAUGGUCAUUGUAGUUACUAUUAGUAGUAGUCAAUGACAAAGGAGGAUAUGUUCGCAUUGGGAAUUAGGUACAGCAUAUUUAGGCUUACUAAAUGAACUAGCAUGAAAGACGAUAGCAAGUGUGCUUAUCGACUGCGAAAAUGAUAUUCAUUAAAGGCCUGUAGCAUUUUUUAUAUCAGUCAUUUGGAUGCUGACCCUCCAGACUGAAAAUAGAAUGAAGAAUUAAUAGCAAAUUAUCCACCUCGGUAUAUGUGUGAGAGAUUGCUUUCUGGAUUACUGGUUACACUAAAUUACCAACCAUCUAGGAAAUAAUGAAAGUAUCGUCAAAAUGAUCGUUAACAUUCAUCAGUGUAAUCCGUUAAGAGGAAUACAAAAAUGCAUUUUAAUAAUCAUAGCCUAACCCGUUGUGCAUUGGGUUGAUUUUAUCGGAAACCUUAGGGUUCAUAGUAAUAUAUCAUUUCAAUAAGCUAUCUAGAUGGUUAGCCUAAGAAAGUCAAACAAGUUUCCUGUUCAGAAGACUUCUGCAAUGAUGAAAUCUGGUUACCUGAUGUUUGCUGCAUUAUGUGGAGAUAUCACUCUUUUGGUAGAGUUUUGUGAUACGUUAUACUACGAAAUACUUUUUACCAGCUAACGUAGAUGUAUUUGGUGUGCUGACAACCAAUGGUUUUCAUUUAAGUUAUAGAAUGACUACUGAUCAAAGCAUACGUUAAAAAAGUUCACCUAGACACUUCAAAACCUGCAUUAUUUAUCAGCAAUUUACCAUCUUCUUUAGCAACUGUGUGUACAAUGACAGCUAAAAAAGAACGGUAUGAGACAGUUAUAGGUUUUUCCGUAAAUGUGAAGAAAGCGAGUUGAUCAAGGUAUGAAUUUGCAUUGACUCAGUUGGCUAUGCCAUUUGUUGUACAUACUCAUUGGGUCAGCGCACGAUCCGCAAAUGAGAUAGUUAUAUUGGGAAGGAUACAAAUAUCGAAAAUUCAUUUAAUCCACUUAUGUCCUUUUUCAACAGUGUUUAUCAUGUGUUGUAUGAUUAGUGUAUUUAGUCACAAUAUUACAUCCAACGCUAAACAUGACUUAGUAAGUGUUUGUGUUUAGUGAUGGGUGCUGAGCUCGAGUCUCCGUGGGGACCCAGUCACUCACCAGAAAUGCUGCCAAAUAUCGCUGGCGAGCUCUAAAUAGAGCGUAACACGCAUCCUUAAUUCCACUGCUAUCCGCCAGCAAUCAAAGAAUCUAACAACAUAUGGCAUCAGACAUGAUAUUUUCUAUACUAUCAAUGGUUGUAGUGCAUUGUGAAGGAUACUGUACAUCACAGUGUGUUAUCAUCUUUUAUCUUCUUUUGCGCGAAGUUGUGUACUAUGCGUUGUCCAUUCCAAAUCUGUACUAAAAUGUGUGGAAAUGGUAACACUGACAUUUGAUCCUGAAACAUAAUAUAAAGUUAUUUCCCCUAACUCUGUAGUAAAUCCACACCGUUUUGAGACCAUGAGGCAUUUUAAUAAACUAUAAGCCGUGCGGUAAGAUAUUAGGGAUCAAAAUAGAGUAUAAAAGCAGUCCUGCUCAGCCAUACUAC